UUAAAUCUUAUACAAUAAAACAAACUUGCCUCUCUCCUCAUUAAGCCACGUCAUCAGGUAAGAGAGGACAAAUCUCGACACGUGUUGGCACCACAGGCCUUCUCCCGAAUUUCGUCUUACGCGGUCGUAUCGUCAUUUGGGCUUCGGAGUAAAUCGUCAUUUGGGCUUGCGACCCGUUAUGUUAAGACAUCUCCUUUGCCUCUUCCACUGCGCGUCCAUGGCGACGAGAUCUAUGAGCGCCGUAAACUCUCUAUAACGUAUCGUCAGCCAUUACUCUGUUUAUCAUUAGGCCCUAUCUGUGAUUACUCUGCUUCGCCCACUUUGAGCAUUCACGUUACCUCUUCGUCUUCCACUGUAACCGGCUUAAUCCUUUGCUAUAAAUGUCGCACCUUUCUGCGAUCGUUAGAUCAACUCAAACGACAUCAAGAAUCAUACUUUCUCCCAGCAAACGAUUUCAAUGGCGUCUUCCUACACUCUCCUUGCUAAUCUGCGAGCCGGCCGGUGCUCAAACACUGCGGAGGUUCGUCUUCUGAGGUCCUGGGAGGCCAGAAAUAUCAACAAAGGCGGAGAGCUCAUCAGUGUUGACAUGUUGUUCAUCGAUGAGAAUUCCACGAUGGUGCAAGGGUCUAUUCCUGCUCUCCGACAGCUUCAGUUCAAGAAUCGUCUCGCCGAAGGAUCUAUAUACACUCUUACCGGCUUCGAUGUGGUGCGCAGCAACCCUAUGUUUCGGUUAUCUGAUUCGACCUUCUCUAUCCAUUUCAAUGAGGGCACUGAACUUGAGAAGUUGUCAACCACUGUUCGGACCAUACCUACAGAACUGUUUCGUUUCCGAACAUACGACCAACUACGUGAACUAGCAAACACCGGCAAACAACUCCCUGACAUCAUGGGAGAGCUUUGUCAAAUUAGGAGCACAAUAACUGAUCGUAUUCCUGGUGCUCAGCGCGUUAUGCUUAGUCUGCGUCUAGAAAGUGGUACAGUUGUUUGUGUUAGUCUGUUUGACUCUUUAGCUCCUGCAUUCCAUAGCAAGCUCGAUAGCUAUGUGAGAGAGCCAAAAAUUGUUCUGGUUACCGGUGUCAAUCCUAAGAUAGUUGCGGGGAAGUUAUAUCUGAAUGGCACAUCUGCCACACGUGUUUUCUUCGACUCUGAGACUGCAGUAGGAAAGGAUGCAUUUGACAGAUUGCCAAGUGAUGGGACUGACCAGUCAGCGUCUUCAUCAAAGGUGGUACACACACAGAAGAUUGAGCCUAUGAAAAUUUCUGAUCUUAACCAAUUCGUUAUUACCGCCGAUCCUCAGGUCGUUGAGUUUUUGUGUACGGCUAAACUGACUGAAAUACAAGUAGCAGAGGGUUGGUGUUAUAUUGGCUGCUCUGUUUGCUCCAAGAAACUCAUCCGAGAGGAGACCUCAUUUACAUGUGCUCCAUGCAAUGAGACCAAUGCUGUUGCUCAACUCAGGUACCGGGUGAUACUCUCUGUGUCAGAUGAGACUGGCAUAGCGGCUUUUCUUGGAUUUGACACAGAGAUCACUAAGCUGACUAAUGUUUUAGCUGCUGAAGCUGCACAGAUUGUGGGGGUAGGUCUUAAUGCUCAGGUUGACACUGAUCUGCCGCGAGUACUGUCUGAACUUGUGGGAAAAACAUAUACUUUCCAGCUCAAGCUAAAGGACUUCAAUUUUACUGCGCACCACCAGACAUUCACCAUUUCCCGCAUAUUCCCUGCACGUGAUCUCGCCCCUCUUCUAACAUUUGCUGAAAAUGUUGAGGUUCACGAGCAAGCCCAUCUUCAGAAUGUGGCACCGGGAACAGAUGACAGAGCUGCAAUCACGUCCGAUGUUGCAGAGGUGUCCACCGCAGGUGAUGGUACACUCACCGGUCGUGAAGCAGAAGCGAAUGAACACGAUGCUGCGGAAGAUAACGCCUCUAAGAAAGCACGAGUUGAAUGAGUAUCAUCGCAGAAUCCAGACAACCAGUCUCAAUCAGUUGUUGUUUUCAUCUUUCAGUUUCGCUUUUGCCAUUUUUUUUCUUCUGAACAAAACUCUGAGUCGUGGUUGUCCUUUUUCUUUUAUCAAAUAAAAUCUUAAAACAAUCGACAUGUGCAUGUGUUCGAUUUAUAUAUUCCAUCUUCGUGACUUUAUUA